UUUCAAGUCACCAAGAGUAGUACUACUAGUACUAGUACCAGCCCACCAGUUGCUGGUCAACAGUUGCGUUCAAAAUAGGAGCAGAAUCAUUUUGCAGCUUGUUUAUUUGUAUCGCUAAUCGUCAGGCUUUCUGUUGUUAUUCUUCGAUAAGAAUGAUGUUUAUUUCAUGAUGUGUAAAUUGGUUUGAUUGAGAUCGAUGCUAUUAGUACGUUAAAAUGGAUUUUAUUGUGCUUGUGAGAGAUUGUUUUUACUUGGAGAAGCAUUUGAAAUGCUGAAAUAUUCUUCAUGGAAUAUGGAUAUAAUUUCAAGGCGAAUCUAGAAGUUUUUGGAGCAACGGAUUCUAUUUCUUCAUUGGUAUGAAACCAGACUCUUGGACCGUCUUCCCAAAGUUCCUAAUCUUCUUCCACCUAUUUCGAACCUCCACAACAUACGACUGUGAUGUAGAGUUCACUUACAGCGAGUAUUACAACUCAAACGGAUUCAAAGUAACCUGCAGCAACAUCGUAGAAGGCCAAGAGGAUAUCAUACGCUCAAUAUCUGCCCAAAAUGCCAUCAUUCUAGACAUAAGGAACACAACAUUGGUCAACGUAACAUCAGAUCUGUUCGAGAAUGUACCCAAGCUCAAAGAACUGAACAUUGAAGAUUCUAGAAUAUCUGUGAAUGGUACUGUAGACCUCUUCUCAAAGCUGGAAGGCCUGCAGACGCUGAUAAUAAAGAAUACUAUGUUGGAUGAUAUUGGAAACGGAACUUUUUAUAACUUGCCUCAGAUCAGAACUCUGCAUUUGGAGAACAACAGUUUGAGUUGUCUAGCUAAGGACAGUUUAAAGCUUACCAGUUUGGAUACUCUACUCUUCAUAAAUAACAACUUAGAAGACGUGGACGAUAUACCUUUAUGUUACUUAGAAAACGUGGAGAAGAUAAACUUCAGUAAAAACAGGAUCAGGACUUUAAAACCAAAUUUAUAUCAGUGUGGUUCCGAUAAGGCUAAAAAAACAUCCAUGAACAAUAUUUAUGAUGAUAAUCACAUAGGAAUAGAAUGUCUAGAUUUAAGCGAUAAUGAAAUUACCUCAAUCAAAAAAGCCUUUAAGCCUUUCACCAAUCUCAACUACUUGAAUUUAGCCAACAAUUCAAUUUCAAGUAUAGCCGACAACGAUUUUCAAAAUUUGAGGGAGCUAGAAGAUUUAAAUUUGUCCAAUAACUCUAUCUUGUAUAUGAGCAACGCAGCUUUUAGGGACCUCAUAAGUUUGAGGGAAAUAAAUUUAUCACACAAUAAAAUCUCAACGAUAAAGCUGCAGUUCUUGACUAAACUCACCAAAGUAGAUCUUUCUCAUAAUUCUUUGACUUUCGAAAACUUAGACCAAAUUAAAUAUUUGCCCUUUUUAGAGACUUUAGAUUUAUCGUUUAAUGAUCUGAAUGGUACUUCAGAUUUCUUUAACAGAUUUCCAUCGUUGAUCAAUUUAAAUUUGAAUGAGAAUAAUUUGAUUUUGGAAGAAGACAUGUUUAGGAACUUAUCACAAUUAGAGACACUUUAUCUUAGGGAUAAUGGUAUUAUUUAUCUUCCUGAAACGAUAUUCAAUAACAUGACAUCUUUGAAAGAGUUAGAUCUAUCGAAGAACAAGUUAGAAGUUAUCGACAAUUAUCAAAUUUUUUCAUCGCUAUUUAGUCUUCAGGUUUUCAAUUUAUCUUACAAUAAUUUGAGGUACUUGAAUCAUAACUUAUUCUCCAAUUUAGAUGACUGUGAAAUUUUGGAUAUUUCAGGAAAUAAGUUGAGGGAAUUAGAUUAUCCUUACAUCAUUAAUAGUAUGAGAUCACUAGAUACUAUAAACCUAAAUGAUAAUUUAUUUUCUUGUAAUUUUUUGCACAAAGUUAUCAGGUAUUUUACCUGGAAAAGUAUAAGCUAUAAUGUGAAAAAUAUGACGGAAUAUGACGAAGAAAAUAUAGGAGGUAUACCAUGCCAAGAAGAAAUGAAUGAAGUGGAAUCAGUUAAAAGUGAUCCUGAAACUACCUCUGUUUUUGUAAUAGUUUUAGUUUCAACUAUUGUGUCAGUAUUUGUACUCAUGAUGAUUUUGAUCAUUAAGUAUUAUCAGAUUUAUAGACGUUCGAAAUAUCAUUCAGAACAAUUUGAAUUGAUUGCAGAUUAAAUUAUUGGAAAUCUUU